AUGGAGUGGCAACCUGAGGAGCAGCCAUUGAGGCAGCUUGCUGGCUACCUUAGGGACUCUUUGAAUUCAUAUGAUCGCAAUCUGCAAAAACAUGCAGAGUCGAUGCUUAUUCAAGCUACCUCAAACGCUGACUUCGUGAAUUACCUCACUUUUAUAUUCUGUACCUCGCAACCUCCACAGGCAGUGAGCAUGGACCAGAAUACGUACAAUGUCGUGCGCCUCUCCGCUGCGCUUAACCUGAAAACGAAGAUACGGGUUGCUUACAAUAGUAUCCCGCAAAACAGCCUCAUCUUCGUUCGUCAAGCUGUCCUCCUGGGUCUGCGCGACUCUGAUGGCCAGAUCCGUAAUCAGGGAGGAAGUAUUAUAACUGAGCUGCUUCAGAGGGGUGGGCUGCUGGCAUGGCCCGAAGUGCUUCAGGAGCUUCUUGCAUUGGUGGGAAAUGGCUCUGGAGACAUCACUAUUCAUACUCAGGAGGCAGCAAUGUCUGCAUUGGCCAAAGUAUGCGAAGAUAAUCGCAAGAUUUUGGACAAGGACUACGGGGGACAGCGCCCACUUGAAGUGAUUAUUCCUCGGCUAUUGGAAUUCACAGGCAGCCGCAGCUCAAUGAUUCGCUCGACCGCCCUAAGCACUAUUCAGGUUUUCCUAUCGAUGAAACCCCAAGCUUUGAUUUCGAACUUCGAUACUUUCAUGUCGAACCUCUUCCGUCUCGCCACUGAUCCCACCACAGAUGUGCGUAGAACCGUCUGCCAAGCGUUCGGGCAGCUGGCAGAGGUUGCACCUGACCAGCUCAUUCCUCAUCUAGGAGACCUUGUGGAUUAUAUGAUACAGCAGCAGAACACGAAUGAGGACCCCGAACUUGCUCUAGAUGCGGCUGAAUUCUGGUUGACCGCUGGUGAGCAGCCCAAGUUACAACAGCCCCUCACUCAGCAUCUCCCCAAAAUCAUCCCGCUACUGCUUAAAAGCAUGAUUUACGAUGAAGAUGAAGUGGAACUCUUGGCUGCUGAAAAUGAGGAUGCGGAGGAAGAAGAUCGCGCCGAGGAUCUGAAGCCUCGGUUCGCGAAAGCCAAAGGGUCCCGACUUGAAGGGUCCACUGAUCCCAAUGCGAAAGCUGAGGAUGAAGACCGAGAAGAUGGAGAAAUAAGCGAGGAAGAGUCGGAGUUUGAGGAUGACGACCCCGAGGAUGCUUGGACGCUACGGAAGUGCUCUGCAGCCGCUUUGGAUAUUUUUGCCAACGUAUACCAUUCCCCUGUAUUCGAACUUAUUUUGCCAUACCUUAAAGAAACGCUGCGGCAUGAGCAAUGGCCGAAUCGUGAAGCAGCUGUUCUCACUCUCGGUGCCGUUGCUGAUGGAUGCAUGGACGCUGUUACGCCUCAUUUGCCUGGAUUGAUUCCUUACCUCAUUUCCUUGUUGGAUGACCCUCAACCAAUUGUUAGGAAGAUCACUUGUUGGUGUUUGGGUAGAUACUCGGAAUGGGCUGCUCAUCUUGAGAGUCAAGAUCAAUCAGUGCAAUUUUUUGAGCCGAUGAUGGAGGGCAUACUUCGGCGAAUGCUUGACAACAAUAAAAAGGUUCAAGAAGCUGCCGCAUCAGCUUUUGCUAGUCUUGAAGAAAAGUCAGACGCCAGCUUGAUCCCAUACUGCGAGCCAAUUUUGCGGCAGUUCGUCGAAUGUUUCAAGAAAUACAAAGAUCGUAACAUGUACAUCUUGUACGACUGUGUUCAAACACUGGCUGAAUGCGUCAUGGGCGAGCUUGCUAAGCCACAACUUGUAGACCUCCUCAUGCCGGCAUUGCUUGAUCGAUACAAUAAAAUCUCUGAUCAGUCUCAGGAAUUGUUUUCUCUUCUUGAGUGCCUUGGCUAUAUUGCGGCGGCUUAUGGGGAUGUCUUCACACAGUUUGCACAACCGAUUUUCCAUCGAUGCGUCAAGAUUGUAUAUGAUAAUAUCCAGCAAUCCAUCAACGUUGGGCAAAAUGGUUAUGAUGAACCAGAUAAAGAUUUUCUUAUCACUAGUCUUGAUUUGAUGAGUGCUAUCAUCCAGGCGAUCCCGUCGGACCGGAGUGCUGAGCUUGUGGCGACCUCUCAACCUAAAUUCUUCGAUCUGUUAUGCUACUGUGUCAACGAUUCUAACAACGAAGUCCGCCAAUCUUCCUACGCUCUUCUUGGUGAUUGCGCAAUUCAUAUAUUCUCCCAGCUGCAACCAUAUAUACCGAAUCUUAUGCCUCUUCUCAUCAAGCAGCUUGAUCUUGAUUUGAUCGUCGACGAUACUGCUUUUAGUGUUCUCAACAACUCUUGUUGGUCUCUUGGCGAGAUUGCACUGAACGAGAAUGCCGACUUGGCACCAUGGCUUGAAAAGCUUUAUCCAGCACUGUUAACUAUCAUUUCAAACGAGAUGGUUGUCGAUUCAGUGAAUGAAAAUGCUGCAGUAGCCUUAGGCCGCCUUGGUACGGGAAAUUCUCAGCUACUUGCGCCACAUUUACAGAGUUUUGCACAAGACUUUAUCAAAUCGAUGUCCAAGGUUGAAUUCUCGCGUGAAAAGGCCACCGCCUUCCUGGGUUUUAAUCGCGUCAUAAUGCACAAUCCACAAGCAAUGGAGUCAUGCUUGGGGGAAUAUUUUGGCACAAUCUCCUCUUUUCCUCAGAGAUCUUUGAAUCAAGAAGAGUAUCGCGAUCUCCAACAAUCCUUCCAACAGGUCCUUCAAGGAUACCAAAAAUUGAUACCCACCUUCGAGACAUUCCUUUCUCAGUUACCCACAGCUGUGAGCCAGAAACUCAAGACCGUCUAUGGCCUCUAA